GGACUCGGCUUGGCAAGGGUUAAAGGGAUCUGAGCUGCCUUCCUAGAGAGGCCAGGAAGCAAGGGGGGGCAGGUCCUCCAGAGCCAAGGCCCCUCCCUCCCCAGUCCUUUCCUGCUUGGGUGUCUCUCCUGGGAUCUGGUGAGUCUCCUCUCUCUCUCUCUCUCUGGGAUCUGGUGAGUCUCCUCUCUCUCUGGGAUCUGGUGAGUCUCCUCUCUCUCUGGGAUCUGGUGAGUCUCCUCUCUCUCUGGGAUCUGGUGAGUCUCCUCUCUCUCUGGGAUCUGGUGAGUCUCCUCUCUCUCUGGGAUCUGGUGGGGGUCCCAGGGCUGCAGCAGGGGAGGGGCCUGGGGGGACCCCAAGUCAGGGAGGAGAGGGUCCUGCCAGGGAGGGGCCAGGUCUGCCACGCUCUCCUUCCUGCAGAGCAGAGGAUCCCAAACUCAUUUGGCCUUCCGCCCCCCCUUCAGAAAAACAAUGACUCCCACGAAAUCUCCUUCUUUAAACAAAGGAGUCCCUGGGACUGUGUGGCGUCGCUCAGCGGCAUUGCAGAACAGAGGAAACAUCUGCAAAUGGUUUUCGAAAGCUGGACGAGGAGGUGGACUAGACACCCCACACCCCCAAAAAAGGUGGGAAAGAGAGGCCAGGAGUAAAGAGAGGGAUCCCAGCCCAGAGUCUGGCUGCUGCAUUGGGGACCAGUUUCCCAGUGUCUCCCAGGGCAGCUCCCCACAGAGGCCACUGCAGCAAUCCCCUCGCACCCAGAGCAGGGCAUCCCAGGACCACAUCCUCUCUCUCCCAAAGGGGUUGUUGCUGGCAAAGCAGCCGGAAAUGGGCGCUGCUACUCCCUGAGCCUCCAGGGACCUGGGCAUCAAUGGCUGUGCGUGUGUUCAGCCAUCUAAGAGAAUAAUAAUCAUAAAUUAGCUGCCUAAGUUCCAAAGGAGAUGUAUUUGGCCCCACCCACUUGGCCCUCAGGGGGUUGACUAGAUACAUACCUGGCCCUCAGAGCAAAGAAAAAGGGACCCCACCCCAGGAGUCUGUUUUUCAGAGCAGCGGAGAGUCCAAGUGCAAGAAAAGGAGACAGAAGCAGGGGGGAAAUGUGCCCUGAAGUGGGGGUGGGGGGAGAACAACUCCUGAGGACCCCCAGGUGAGGACCCCCACUAGAGCCAAGCAUCCAUUUUCCACAAGAUACAAAUGACUCCCUUGUCAGUCAGUUCUGACUUCUUGCAUUGACUGGAAGGCAGGAGCAACCAGGCUGACUCAUCUCCCAGAAAUCCCUCCAGUUGCCUCCACAUUCUGCAUUGCUAGAGGGCUGGAGACUUACUUCUUCUCCCCUUCCUCCUCCUCUUUCUUUUCAAAAAGGUAUCUCAUGGUUUGGGCUCUGGUACCGUCCAGUCCUGAUUCCUGGCAAGACUCAUCCAUGCUUGUUCAGGGAUCUUGUUUCUUCUCCUGACCUACAAAUUCUGUAACAGAACAAUGUAUUUGCUUUCUAGGAUUUGCUAGAGCUUCUCAUUAAGACGGACACAACUUGGCAGAAGACCAAAGGGUACCUUCCAAUCUCUUAGAGACUUCCUGAGAGCACAGAUGGAUGAGCAAGACCCCGUUGGCCCUGAAGCAGGAAGGGGCCAUGCCAACCAAACUGGGAGCAGUGGGGGAUUCUGGGAAAACUCUGUGCAGAAGAUCCUGGGUGAGGAGGACACCCUCUGCUCAGAGGUGCAGAUCCAGCAGUUGAGGCAGUUCUGCUGCCAGGAGGCCAAGGGACCCCGAGAGGUUUGCAGCCGAUUCUACCACCUUGACCUUCAGUGGCUGAAGCCAGAAAGGCACACGAAAGCUGAGAUGCUGGACCUGGUGAUCUUGGAGCAGUUCCUGGCUGUCCUUCCACCGGAGAUGGAGAGCUGGGUGAGGGACUGUGGAGCAGAGACCAGUUCCCAGGCGGUGGCCCUGGCCGAAGGUUUCCUCCUGAGUCAGGCAGAGGAGAGGAAGCAGGCAGAGAGAAAGCAGGUGAGGGAGACUUUCCUCUGGAUACUACCUUGACCAGAGCCAGGGCCUUUUCGGAUGUGGCUCCAUCCUGGUGGAACGCUCUCUCACAAGAGACCAGGGCACUGUGGGAUUUGACAUCUUUCCUCAGAGCAUGCAAGACAGAGCUGUUCCGCCAGGCCUUUCUUCAGGGUUCAGUCUGAUUCUUUUCUUUCAGUACAAGAAUAAGCACUAAAGAGGCUUCCUAGCCCGCUCACACCUCCUUUAUAAGACCAGUGGUAACAGUAGUUGGCCCUAGCGAAUAUUAACCACUCUCAUUUUUACUUGACUUGAUCAUGGAUGGAGGAUUUGACCUGGCAUGUGUAACAGAGACUUGGUUGGAGGAAGCAGAUGGGCCUGUUCUUGCCGCUGCUUGUCCACCAGGUUUAUCUUACACACAGCAACCCAGGUCAUGUGGGCGGGGAGGGGGGGUUGCAGUGAUUCUUAGGAAGUCAUUAGUUUGCACCAGGCGUCCUAUUGGGAAGACCCAGUUCUCUGAGUGCAUGUUCUGGAAGUUGGGCAAUAGGGGCAGUUACAGGAUUCCUUUUGGUGUACCGACCUCCCCGCUGCACCAAGGAUUCCCUGCCUGAGCUGCUUCAGGUCGUGGCAGAUGUUCUCCUGGAGACACCUAGCUUGGUUGUCCUGGGGGAUUUUAAUAUUCAUGCCGACACGACCUUACAAGGGGCCGCUCGGGACUUCGUGGAAAGCAUGGCCUCCAUGGGGCUGUCCCUGAAUAAGUCUGGCCCAACCCAUAGCCGCAGACAUGCCUUGGACCUGGUGUUCACCUCUAUGGAUGUUGGUGAUCUGACACUAAGUAAAAGCGAAACGAAAGAAGUGCCAUGGUCAGAUCACUUCCUGGUGCAACUGGACUUCUCCGCGACCCUUCCCCUGUGCAGGGAGGUGGGACCAAUUCGGAUGGUCCGCCCCCGCCACUUAAUGGAUCCAAAUGGUUUCCAGAGAGUGGUAGGGGAUGCUUUAUCCCAUGUUGAUGGCCUUUCAGCUGAUUCCCUGGUGUCCCGCUGGAAUGUGGAGUUAACAAGGGCUGUUGACUGUUUGGCUCCAAAGCGCCCUCUCCGAUUGCAUGGAGCCCGGACAGCCCUGUGGUUUUCCACGGAUCUGAGGGCAAUGAAACAAUCGUUGAGACGGCUAGAGCGCCGGUGGCGGAUGACCCAUUCUUUUUUUUUUUAUAAUAUAUUUAUUCCAAAUUUAAAAUUACAAAAGAAAAAAAGACCAUACAAAAUAGAAUAAACAUAUAACAAAAAACAGACAAUAAGAAAGACUCAACAAAAAAUAUAAAAGUACAUUACAAUAAAAUAAAACAAAAAUCAAAUUAAACCUUUACAGCCUUUUUUCCUUUUACUUAUUUCCGUGGCCUCCUCUCACCUCCCUGCUUUGUAUUCUAGUUUAAAUCGUAUUUCCAGCAAAUCCUUCUAACCUUCUUUUCAUUUACUUAUUUUAACAUUCAAUAGUAUAAUUAGUACUCCUCUAUCCCAUCAGUUUCUAUACUUCAUUUUUACUUAGUCCAUAAUAUCAUAUCUGCCAAAGCGACCUAAUAAUCUUUUUCCAACCUCUUUCUAACAUUCUUUUAUGAUGCAAUAUUUUUGAAGAUAUAAUUUAAAUUUUUUCCAGUCUUCUUCCAUCGACCCUUCUCCCUGGUCUCGAAUUCUGCCGGUCAGCGGAUGACCCAUUCUGAAGCUGACCGGAUACAGGUUAGAGCUCAAUGUCGAGCCUACCAAGUGGCGGUAGCGACGGUGAAGAAGACUUUCUUCACCGCCUCUAUUGCAUCUGUAGAAAACAGCAGCAGGAGACUUUUUCAGGUGGUCUGCAAUUUAGCGGAACCACCUGCUACAUCGGGGCCCAGUACGGGCCACAUGAUCUCCUGCAAUGAUUUUGCAAAGUUUUUUGCAGAUAAAGUCGCUCAGAUUCGGGAAGAGGUAGACUCCACCGUGGGAGCAGGGCCGGGGCGGGAGAGUGCUAGAGUCCUGUCUAGUCAAACUGCGUGGGAUCAAUUCCAAUCUGUUACCUCCGAGGAUGUGGACAGGCUGCUUGGACGAGUGAAACCAACCACCUGUCUCCUGGAUCCUUGCCCAUCCUGGCUUAUAAAAGCUGGCCCGGAAGGGCUGGGCGAUGGGCUUCCUGGGGUGGUGAAUGUUUCCCUCCGUGAAGGAGCCUUCCCAGACCCGCUGAAAGAGGCGGUUAUUAAACUGCUUCUUUAAAAACCAUCUUUAUUGCGGCCACGAUGGCCAACUAUCGCCCAGUCUCAAAUCUUCCAUUCUUGGGCAAGGUGAUUGAGCGAGUGGUUGCCGAACAACUCCAGGCACGCCUGGAAGAAGCGGACCAUUUGGAUCCCUUCCAGUCGGGAUUCAGGCCUCAUCAUGGGACUGAAACUGCCUUGGUCGCACUGGUUGAUGAUCUCCGGCGGGCUAGGGACAAAGGUGAGAGCUGUUUCCUAGUUCUGCUGGAUCUCUCAGCGGCGUUUGAUACCAUCAACCAUAACAUCCUUCUGGACCGUCUUGAGGGGCUGGGAGCUGGGGGCACUGUCAUACAGUGGUUCCGCUCCUUCCUCCUGGGCCGUGUUCAGAAAGUGGUGGUGGAGGAUGAGUGUUCAGACCCCUGGUCUCUCACUUGUGGAGUGCCUCAGGGUUCUGUCCUCUCCCCCAUGCUUUUCAACAUUUACAUGCAGCCGCUGGGAGAGAUCAUCAGGAGGUUUGGGCUGGGUGUUCAUCAGUAUGCGGAUGAUACGCAGCUCUACCUCUCUUUCAAAUCAGAACCAGUGAAGGCGGUGACGGUCCUGUGUGAGUGUCUGGAGGCAGUUGGUUGGUGGAUGGAUGGUGGCUAACAGACUGAGAUUGGAUCCUGACAAGACAAAAGUACUGUUUCUGGGGGACAGGAGGCGGGCAGGUGUGGAGGAUUCCCUGGUCCUGAAUGGGGUAACUGUGCCCCUGAAGGACCAGGUGCGCAGCCUGGGAGUCAUUUUGGACUCUCAGCUGUCCAUGGAGGUGCAGGUCAAUUCUGUGUCCAGGGCAGCUGUUUACCAGCUCCAUCUGGUACGCAGGCUGAGACCCUAUCUGCCUGCGGACUGCCUCGCCAGAGUGGUGCAUGCUCUGGUUAUCUCCCGCUUGGACUACUGCAAUGUGCUCUACGUGGGGCUACAUUUGAAGGUGACCCGGAAACUACAACUAAUCCAGAAUGAAGCAGCCAGACUGGUGACUGGGAGCGGCCACCGAGACCAUAUAACACCGGUCUUGAAAGACCUACAUUGGCUCCCGGUACGUUUCCGAGCACAAUUCAAAGUGUUGGUGCUGACCUUUAAUGCCCUAAAUGGCCUUGGUCCGGUAUAUCUGAAGGUGCGUCUCCACCCCCAUCGUUCUACCCGGACACUGAGGUCCAGCACCGAGGGCCUUCUGGCGGUUCCCUCACUGCGAGAGGCCAAGUUACAGGGAACCAGGCAGAGGGCCUUCUCGGUAGUGGCGCCCUCCCUGUGGAACGCCCUCCCACCAAAUGUCAAAGAGAAGAACAACUUCCAGACUUUUAGAAGACAUCUGAAGGCAGCCCUCUUUAGGGAAGUUUUUAAUGUUUGAUGUAUCACAAUAUUUUAAUAUUCUUUUGGAAGCCGCCCAGAGUGGCUGGGGAAACCCAGCCAGAUGGGCGGGGUAUAAAUAAUAAAUUAUUAUUAUUAUUAUUAUUAUUAUUAUACCAGUGGACUGCCGUCUGUCCAGAUUUUAAUUUGUUUUGAACUAAUUUUAAGAAGUAUUUUAAUUAAUCGAUUGCCUGUUCUUAUGUUCUUUGUAUUCUGUGUUAGAUUUAUGAUGUUAGCCGCCAAAAGAUCGGCUCCGGCCAGGGAGGGUGGGGUACAAAUAAAAAAAUAUUAUUAUUAUUAUUAUUAUUAUUAUUAGGGGCUCCAAAGAGGAUGGAGAACAUCCCAUAAUGCUCUGCUGAUGGCCCAUCCUUUUUCUGGGAAGGCAUCCAUGGAAUGAGAUCUCACACCCUUAAAGUUUUUACUUUUCCAUUAUCUUUCUGCUAUUUCUUGUCAUUCAUUCUCUGUUUUGAAUCCUUGUUGCUUUUUCAGGAAAAGGAUCAUUUUGGGGAAAUGGACCUGGAUUCCUGUGAGGCAGAGAGGCCUCCGUUGGACACCAGAGAGAGGCCACUGGGUAAGGAGGAAGGCGGUUUUUCUCCAUUUGGUCUCAUUCUGUUGGUUUUCCAUAUAAUCUCUGGGUUCUUUUCAUCAAGUUUUUUUUGGGGGGGGGGGGAGUUGGGAGGAAGGGUCCAGAGGAGGAGAGAUGUAUUUCUGCAUGACUAACAUAUGAAAUGGGCACAAAUGUCCAAAUGCACUCAGCAGGUAAGGCUUUCUCAAAGGCCCAUCUAUAGUUAGAGAUGCCCUGUUUCACCUGUGAGAGACAUGGGCACGCCUGGCAUCCUGCUUACCUGUUUUCUCUUUCAGGAGACAGAAUGAUGCCGGCAAGACCUCCUGGUCCAUCUUUUCAUGGGGACAGAAGGGAAGCAGCGGCUGUGGAACCAGAUCAGGUCAGGGGAAGCUGCCUUGUGGGGACAGAGGCCGAGGGAUGGAGCAAUGUCAUGGACUGGUUGGGCACAGAGGAAUGGUGGGAGGAAGCAGCCGGGGAACCAGGAAGGGAAGAUGUCUCAGCCCAAGGAGUGGAGGUGGAGGAAGGAUGAGCGGUCAGAUGGAGAAGAGGGAGAAGCCCGGGAAGAGGAGGUGUCAGAAGCUGAAGGGAUAACAGGGCUUAGUGAGCUGGGAGACUCUGAGGCAGAAUGCAGUCCAGAAUCGGAGGCAGAAGAGGAAGGAGGCGAGUGGGAGGAGUAAAGGUCGAGAGUGUUGGGUUGAAAUCACGACAGACGAGUGGUGGGUGUCAAAGGAGAGGCGUCUGCCGGGGCAAGCCCCGGGAACUCUCUUUUAUUGAAUAUUACAAACAUUGCCACAGGUGUGCUUGUGGCUGAUUGGUUGAUACAAACACAAAGCAUCAUGUUGCUGAUUGGUUAACAUAGGUACAUGGCGGGAAUUAGAUAUAACAUCAAUCACUGAUAGAUCAAGGACUGGGAAACGGAGCUGGAACUAGACAGGCAUGAAACCUCCUAAUUAAAUUAUAACUAAAGAUUGAUAUUGAAGGAACAUAACAUGAAGGAAUACAACAAUCACGUUCUGUAGAUGUGGUCAGCAAUGCAUUAAGAACAGGUCAGGAUACACUGUUUCAUGAACUCAAUGGGAACUGUUCAGAACAUUCUCAGACUCUUGUGCAGAAGCAGAAGCGAGACUUCCCAGAAUGCAAGAGAAAAAGCAAUAGUGCUAAAAGCAAGACUUUCCCACAAUGCCACAGUUAUGUGCAGUAAGAGAACAGCAGAAAGAAAACUUCCCUUCAUCUCCCCCUUUCUUUUCUUGUUUGCGAGGCGUUCCAGGUGGAUAAGGCAAAAAUACUUCGGGAUUAGUGGUGUGCCAGCGAAUGCCCGAAAUAAGCCUGCCAGGGUCGAUGGGACAAAAAUACUUCAGGAUACGUGGUUUGCCAGCGCAUGCCCAAAAUAAAUCCGCCCACAUCUCCCCUAAGGUUUACUGUUGGUGUUGCCAUUUCGCAAAGUAAGCAGCAUGGAGUUUACUUGGUGGUUGAGGGGGAGAGAGAAGCCAAGAGAAAAGACUUAUGAGGCUAGGAACGCAUUGAAGGAAACAGCAUAGUAAAAUAAGAAUACAAAUUAUGAAAAUAGCAUAUUGAAAGAGACUACGAAGCCAAGUAAGGUUUGGCAACCAAGCGGUAAGCCACUGGGUGAAAGAAUCCCAGAGGCCAGGAAAACCAAUGUCCUGUUUAAUGUGAUGUGUAAGAUUUUGCAAAUGAGAGAUUUGGCUUUGAAUGGCUCUAGAAUUGUCAGUAAUAUUGAAACAACACAUGUCAUUCACUUGUUCACAGCCAUAAUGAUGAAGCAUGAGCAAAUAGUGAUAGCAGCACGAUUUCGUAAAAUUCCAUUAUAUAGUUCACUCUGUUCUUUAUUCAAAAGGUGAAGAGCUUGUGAAGUAAAAUUCAAGGCUUUUUUUUUUUUUUUUUUGCUGCAGAAUUAAUGUUCAUACGAUUCCGUACAGCCAAUCCAGGGACUCCUAAGAGAGAAACAGCUAAAGAGAUAUAUUCAGACCUACUGAGAAGAGAGACAAAAGCAUCACAAUCAUUAGUCAUUUCAAUAGAGCAGCGAUAUCUAGAGCGGGAUAAAUGAUGCUUCUUGGGUAAAAUGAUGGACAAACGGCUUAAAUAGCAAGGUGUGCCAUGGCUGAUGUAUUGCUGGAAUGUAAUUAAACGUAUAGCCAGGACACGACCAGAAGAUUUCCAGUUGAGGGAAGUGCAAGCUUACUCAUUAAAUUGAAUGGUAGCUUGUAAUUGCUGUAGUAAAUCUCUUCCCCACAGAUUGAGGUGGAUUUUCAGCACACAGGGCUGGAUGUAAGCAAUGGUUUCAGAGCUAUCAGGCAGAGAAACAGGCAGCCACUGUACGCUUUUGGAAGAGGUUUGGGGGCCACCCACACCCCAGACUGCAGAGGCAGACUCAAGGGGCCACGUUGGGUCCCAGCAACUACUAGAAAUUACAGAAACGUCUGCGCCUGUGUCAAUCAAGCCUUCCAGCACAAUACCAUUGAUUUUAUACUUACGAAGAAGUUUCUUCUCACCAAUCCUCUGGACUACAGCUAACAGCUGUGGAGGGAAAGAAGAGAGCUCGUGCAAAUUAGUAUCCAUAAUAGAAGCAGUAGGAUGAGAAGGAGCACCACCAAAUGCGCCCAAGACUCACCCUUUUUAAUUGCAUGGGCAUAUGGCUCCAGAGUUGAACCAUUAUUGUGCCUACAUAGUCAGGAUCCAGAACCCCAGGAAUAACCUGGAUUCCUUCCUUUGCCGCAGAAAAUUUGGGUAAAAUUAAACCUGCGACUUUAGGAGGCAGGGGGCCUGCCAAUUGAGUGGGCAUAAGCACAAUUUCACCAGGUAAAGCAGAGUCUUUGGUCUCUUGAUUGAUCAAAUCAAUGGCAAAUUCAGAGGGUUUGUUUUUUGAAAAGUUUGCAGCAGCAGAAAUUAAAGUUGGAAAUCUCUCUAAUUGCCCUGGCCCGAGAGUGGGGCCGUAAUGGAGUUUCCCGAACUCCUGCAUUGAUUAGCCCAAUGAUAGCCUUUGCCACAUUUCGGGCACUUUUUAGAAGGUUUAGCCUUAGAGGCAGCACCAUCCUUGUUUGCCCCCCCGCCAGGGGCUCUGCAUUGCUUGGCAAAAUGGCCUGGGCGCUUGCAAUUAAAGCAGUUACCAAUAGGCCUAGUGGUUGCUUGGAUAGCGCCGGCAAGCAAAGACAUCGCAUGGCUCUGGCUACCGACAUCCGCACAAGCUUGAAUCAUAUCGGCCAGGUCAUAUUUAGGGCGAUGUAUGAUUGACUGCAAAGCUUUCUUGCAAUCAGUGUUUGCGUUUUCAAAGGCCAAUUUUUUCAUCAAUUCAUUUUGAGCAGUGGUGUUAUCAAUCUGCCUAGUGACUGAUUCUUUCAAUCUAUCUAUAAACUGAUGGUAUGGCUCCGAAUGCUGUUGCUUAAUAUUUACAAAGGAGCUCAGCGGUUGCCCAGAAACAGGGACUUUCCGAAAGGCGCGUUGUACACAGGUCGCGGUGCGACUAAAAUGUACAGGUGUCAGCGUUGCCUGGGCAGUUAUAUCAGCAAACUGACCAGCGCCAUAAAGUUCAUUGGCAGUAUGUUGCGGAUCAGACAGGGCUGAAGCGCUAUGUUUAAAUUCACUCUCAAACACCACAUACUGAGCAGGGGACAAAAGCAUGCGCAUCAGGUCUUUCCAGUCCUGAGGUAGCAUAAUGUAACCAGUUGCUAUGCCUUCUAGCAUUCCCGUCACAUAAAAGGAUUUCAGACCAGAAUCAGCAAUGGCUUUCCUUAAUUCCCUCAUUACAGAAUAAGGAAGCGAUUCAUAAUAAAUCUGCUGUUGAGCAGUUCCAGGGUUUGAAUAAGAGAUAGGGAAAGCAGACGGCAUUUCACCUGGCCACUCAGACUCCUCCUCUAAGGACAGGAGCCCUUUCUGCCUUGCCAAAGAGAGCGCAGCGCGCACAGCUCCUAUAGAGCAAACAGGGGCUGUGGCAGGAGGAGGAGGGAUGGGGGGGAGGAAUCAGGCUGAGGUGGAGGGAUGGGGGGGAUGCAGGCUGAGGAGGGAGAGACGCAGGGGGGGAUUGGGUGGGCUGCAAAGGAAACGGAGGCAAAAGCUUCGGGUAAGGUGGGGGAUUGUCUGCGAUGGCGAAAAGUGCGGGGGCCGAGCGAGACGCCUGUGGUAAUUUAGCAACAGCAUCUGCACAUUUCUGCCAAGUGAGCAGACAAUGAAUCGGAGCCCUAGGUUCUGCAAAAAAGGGUCUUUCCGAUCUUUUGCCAAGUCUCUACUUCCAAAGAACCUUUCUCUGGAUAGGAGGGGUAUUGGCAAGAAAUCUCACAUAGCAAUUGUUCAAUUUCUUUUAAGGAAAUAUUAACACCCACCUCCCGCUGUCUAACUAAAUAAAGCAACUCUUUAGCAUGCUCUUUCUGGAAUUUAGUCAAUUCCCCUCCCAUACUCACGAAGUAGCGCGCUGAGACUUUUGCAGUCGGGUGAAGUAUGAGGUUUGGCUGCGUAAGGGAUCUGGCACGUCAGGGGUCACCAGAUGUUGGGUUGAAAUCACGACAGACGAGUGGUGGGUGUCAAAGGAGAGGCGUCUGCCGGGGCAAGCCCCGGGAACUCUCUUUUAUUGAAUAUUACAAACAUUGCCACAGGUGUGCUUGUGGCUGAUUGGUUGAUACAAACACAAAGCAUCAUGUUGCUGAUUGGUUAACAUAGGUACAAGGCGGGAAUUAGAUAUAACAUCAAUCACUGAUAGAUCAAGGACUGGGAAACGAAGCUGGAACUAGACAGGCAUGAAACCUCCUAAUUAAAUUAUAACUAAAGAUAUUGAAGGAACAUAACAUGAAGAAAUACAACAAUCACGUUCCGUAGAUGUGGUCAGCAAUGCAUUAAGAACAGGUCAGGAUACACUGUUUCAUGAACUCAAUGGGAACUGUUCAGAACAUUCUCAGACUCUUGUGCAGAAGCAGAAGCGAGACUUCCCAGAAUGCAAGAGAAAAAGCAAUAGUGCUAAAAGCAAGACUUUCCCACAAUGCCACAGUUAUGUGCAGUAAGAGAACAGCAGAAAGAAAACUUCCCUUCAGAGAGGAGAGUCAGGAGAAGGAGGAGCCACCGGGGGCUCCCUCUCCUUCUGCCAUAAGCCACCCUCCCUGCUUGUCUCUCAGAGCCCGGAGACUUCUGACAAUGGAGGAGCAAAGGCAGGCUGCACACUGGCGCACUGUUGGAUCGCUUCCCAGAAACCCCAGAGAGAAGGGGACUUGGAAAGCUGUGGGGAGCUAGGGGCCUUCUCUUUUGGCAGCUGAUUUCAUGGAGGAAGACCCUGUCAUGGAAUUCUACUCAGUAUUGAUCCAGGCAGAACUCCAAUGUAUAGUUACCAGAGUGAAAACGUAAAGACGUUGCAGGAUUCCCCAAAAUAGACCAGAGGCAAUUGUAUUUCACCCAGCAGAGCUUUACUCCUACUGAAGACAAUGAGCAUAAUGGUCCCAAAUCCAAAACAUUCCGGAUUGGCCCUGUCCAUAAGAAAUCCAGUUGCAGCAAACUUAACUGAAAUUUCCCACAACUUAUAAUAAGUUUAAACUUCAACACUCAGCAUACUCUGUACAGAACACCAGAAGGAAGAGAGAGAGAGAGAGAGAGAGAGAUACCCAGGCUCCUUCUGGCUUCUUCUUAUAGUCAGCAUGACCUUGACAGAAGACAGAACAGAACCACUUUAACCCAGCUGUACUCAGGCUGCGAUGCCUGGGUCCUUGUGCCGAAGGCCAAGCUCAGAAAGGGUGGCCCUAGGUCCCAAAAGAUGAUUUUCUGUGGGUAUGAGCCAGGGACCAAGGGGUGGAGAUUUGCCUAUCCAACAGGCAAUCAGUCCAGGAUUCUGCUCAGCAGCAGUGCUGAGUUCUGUGAGUAGAAUGGAUGGACACGCAUACAGGGGAACCCUGAUGUUCUUUCAGAGAGUCUGCAAGACUCUGCUGAUGAGGAAGAGGUAGAGGUUGAACCUGCUGCUGAGGCACAGAGUCCUGACCCAGAGCAGGUAGAGGGAAGAACUUCUCCUAAAGCUGUGAAGCUUGAACAGAGAAGUGCUCCUUCCUCACCCACAGGUUCAGCUGAGAAGUCUAAACGGCGCAGUAAGUCAGAGGGGGAGCCCUCUGAGGCCAAGGAUGUUCUAGCUGGUCCUAGUGGGUCUGAGGGGGUACCUGAAACUGGGUUGAGACGUUCAGCUCGCACAACGAAAGGUAAACCUCCUGACAGGUUUGCAGUCACAAGUGUGUGGGUUGGCAUGGCACAGUGUGAACCCGAGAGUUUUGAGGGUGUUCAGAAACUGCCUCAGGAAGAAGCCAGGAAAUGGCAUGAGGCAAUGCAGAAGGAGAUGAGCUCAAUGGAGUCUCUAGGUGUGUUCUCCCUCACAACGUUGCCAGUGGGCAAACGGGCCGUGAGCAGCCGCUGGGUUUACCGUCUUAAACCCACAGGAGCAGGGGAACCACAGUACAAGGCUAGGCUAGUAGCCAGAGGGUUCACGCAGCAAAAGGGGCUGCAUUAUACUGAGGUAUAUGCUCCUACCUCCAGAAGUGAAACUCUGCACAUGCUCUUAGCGAUUGCUGCACAGAGUUUUUCAAGUGAAUGACUUUGAUGUGGAUGUGGCCUAUUUGAACUCAGAGCUCCAGGAGGAUCUGUACAUGCUUCCUCCUCCAGCGUUUGAGGGCAAUGAGCCGAAUACUGUAUGGAAGUUUCACAAGUCCAUUUAUGGCUUAAAGCCUUAGAGAAGCUAGGUUUCAAGAAGAGUCUGAAUGAAGCCUUAGAGAAGCUAGGUUUCAAGAAGAGUCUUGCUGACAGCUGCCUGUACCUUAAAGGGUCAGGAGAAUCACAGGAAAUGGUGUUGAUCUUUGUUUAUUACAUCAUUCACAUCUCAGGGGCAAACAAACAGGUGCAGAAGUUUGCCAAAGAGCUUGGAAAACGGUUUCAGCUCAAGAACCUGGGUGCAGUAAGGAUCUACUUAGGUGUUCAGAUAGACAGGACUGAAGAUGGAAGCUUCUUGCUCAGUCAGAAAGGCAAGAUUGAGCAGUUGCUUGAGAAGUUCAGAAUGUCUGAUUGUGCAGGGGUUAGGGCACCUAUGGAGACGAGCUACAUGAAAGACAGUCGGCUAGCAGAACGCGUUGAGUGCGAGAACGCUGAGCUCUUCCAGUCCGCUCUGGGUAGUCUGUUGUAUCUGUCCCAAUGGAGCAGGCCGGACAUUGCUUUUGCUACCAAUCUGCUCAGUAGGGAAGCAUCAAAGCCCAGUGUAAAUGCCUGGCAUGGUAUCAAGCGGGUGCUGCGUUACCUGCAGGAUACCAAGGAUGUCAUUCUCUCUUUUUUUAAAAAAAGAUAUUUAUUAAGAUUUUCAAAAUGUUACAAAACAAAAACAAAAAAAGAAAAAAGUACAAAAAUAAAAAUAGCUAAAAACAACUCAAUCUUUCCAUUACUUAUUUUUCAUUAGCUAAUUUCCGGAACUCCUCACGCCUCCCUUUUUUUGUAUUCCAGUUCAGUUUGUUGGUUCAGCAAAUCCUUACCCUCUUUGUUUAUCCUAGUCUUUAAUCUUAAAGUAUUGUAACGUUAAAUUUUUACCUAUUAAUAAUCCAUUUUUCAUAUUCCCUUAUAGUAUUACAGCUGAAAACCACUUAAUUUCUAUCCAACAUCAUUCUAACAUUCAUUAAUUUUACAAUAUUUCUGUAGAUAGUCCUUAAAUUUCUUCCAAUCUUCUUCCACUGACUCUUCUCCCUGGUCUCGGAUUCUGCCAGUCAUUUCUGCCAGUUCCAUAUAGUCCAUCACCUUCAUCUGCCAUUCUUCCAGAGUGGGUAGAUCUUGUGUCUUCCUAUACUUUGCAAUAAGUAUUCUUGCUGCUGUUGUGGCAUACAUAAAAAAAGUUCUGUCCUUCUUUGGCACCAAUUGGCCGACUAUGCCCAGGAGAAAGGCCUCUGGUUUCUUCAAGAAGGUAUAUUUAAAUACCUUUUUCAAUUCAUUAUAUAUCAUCUCCCAGAAAGCCUUAAUCCUUGGGCACGUCCACCAAGGACUUCAGUCUCAAGCUGUCAGCUGCAGGUGAGACGGCGCUUACUUGCUGGGCAGAUAGCGACGGGGCGAAUCUGGAUGACAGGAAGUCCGUAUCUGGGAUGGUAAUAAAGUUUGGGGAAUCUCUAGUUGGGUGGAAGUCCCGGAAGCAAAGUCUCAUUGCACUGUCCUCUACUGAGGCUGAGUUCAUUGCACUGUCGGAAUUUUUUAUUUUUUUUUAAAUGAUAUUUAUUCCAAGUUUAAAAUUACAAAAAACAGAAAGAAAAACAAUACAAAAUACAAAGAAAAAUUUAACCAUAACUGUAAUGAGUAUGAGUUACUCGUGCGUAAACUGGUGCCUCUCUAGGCUAAUUUGCCUUGUUAAACCUUUCUGACUGCACAACCCUCUCUCAUCAUGACUGUCUCAGUCACUAGCAGAAUCCGUCAGUGGGCGUUUCUUGAAUCUCUUCCAACAUAAGAGUUGUUUGACACCCAAUCUCCUCCGCCUCUCACUGCGCGGGAGCCUUCUGCGCAGGGUGGGCGUGGGUAGCGGGGGACCUGUCCCCUCCUCACUGAGUUCCAGUGAAGAGCCCGUGAGCCCUCUCUCCGAUUUUCCCAUCUGCUCACUUUUGUUCCUGGUGUUGCGCGUAAAUGCUUCCCCUCCACUGAGUCGCCUCCCCCUGCUGCUGGGUCCUUCUCCAGCAUCAUCCAGGAGCCUCCCCUUCGCCUCCCGCUCUGAUGUCAGUUCCCUGACAUCCACCUCCCCCCCAGAAUCCCCUCCACCCCUGGGCCGACCUGUGGGACCAACUUCGUCCCCUUCGUCGGCCGACGAGGCGGGGAAACCCCGGAAGGAACUGUCACCAUCUUCUGUGGGUUCGAAACCCGCUUCCCAAUCGCUCUUCCACCUACCAACGGGGUGGUCUUCCCCGUCUGAUGCUUCUUCCUCCGAAACCUCUCCUCCCUCCUCGGAGUCAGAAAAUCCCUCAAAAACCUCUUCCUCAUCUGUGGUUCCAAAUUGCUCCUCCCAGAAUCUCUCCAGGGGUUUGGGUUUGUCCGGGAACCGGCGGUGGAAUACCUCCACCAGAUACCUGUCCUCGACGGCUUCCGUGGGGACCCACGUGUUUUCGGACCUGGGUUCCCCUUCCCACGCUACCAAAUACUCCACCCGGCGCCCUUGCCACCUUGAAUCCAGUAUUUCCGUGGCCCUGUGGUGGUGUUCCCUUUCUUCUGCCUGCGGGUGUGUGGUGACUUCUCCCUCUUGCCCCUGGAAUUCCCGCCCUUCCCUAUGCGGUGAAAGCAGGGACCUAUGGAAAACCGGGUGUAUUUUCAUGCUAUCAGGCAACCUGAGCUUAAAUGCCACGGGAUUAACUUGCUGUGUUACCUCAAAAGGUCCCAGCCGUCUGGGCUGCAACUUCUUGCACCCCCCUUUGAAAGGUAGCCCUUGGGUGGACAACCACACCCGGUCCCCCACCCGUAUGGUCUCUGGGUGUCUCGCCGUCGAGAAACCCACCUCCACCUGCAGUAAGCUCAUGAGUUUCCUCCAGAACCGGGAAGUAAAUUGUUUUCCGCGGUCGGAGAUAACCCUCAAGGGGCGCCAUGCAGCCGGAAUAUGUGCUCCACAAACAACCGGGCUGUUUCCUCUGCCGUUACAGCAUGUGAGCAAGCUAUAAAAUGGCACAUUUUUGUCAGUAGGUCGACCACUACCAUGACUGCUGUCUUCCCCCGGGACUUGGGCAAAUCUGUCAUAAAAUCAAUGGAUACCACCUCCCAGGGUUUCCCCGGCGUGGGUAAGGGUUCCAGCAAUCCUGUGGGGGCAGCCCGCUCCCCCUUUGCCCUUUGGCAGCGGUCGCACCCCCGUACAUAUUCCCGUACAUCCUCCCUCACCCUGGGCCACCAGAACUGCCUGGUCACCAGCAGCAUGGUUUUGUGCUGUCCAAAGUGCCCAGCUGUAGGGUUGUCGUGGAGUUGUUUGAGUACCUUUCCCCUCAGGGUCUCCCCCGGUACGUACAGCGCUCCCCUAUAGUACAGUACCCCUUCCUUCUCCUCAAACCCUUCUUGGGUCCCUCUUCCGUCUCGUAGUUCCCGGAUUUUAGUUUGCGCGAACACGUCGUUUCUGGUCAGCCCGGCUAGUUCUCGUUUCCCCACCAAAGUUCCCCACACACCCAUCGGUCCUCGGGGAUCACGUGUCGUUUCUCCGGCGGCCCCUCUCCUUCCAGGUACUCCGGUUUACGCGAGAGAGCGUCUGCUCUUACGUUUUCUUCUCCGGGCACGUAGCGGAUUUCAAAGAAAAACUUGGAGAACUCCUGUGCCCAUCGAAUCUGUCUCUGGUUGAGUACUCGUGCGGUUCUCCAGUACUCCAAGUUCUUGUGAUCUGUGCAAACCUGGAUCUGUUGUUGCGCCCCUAUCAGUAGAUGAUAGACGCGGCCAACGAUGAAAGGCCGCGUAGAUUGCCAGCAGUUCGCGGUCAUACACUGUAUAGUUUUGCUCCGACUUGCUCAGUUUUCUCGAGAAAAAGGCACACGGUUUCCAUUCCUGCUUUCCCUUCCCUGGCUGCAAAAGGACCGCCCCUACGGCUCUGUCUGACGUGUCGGUCUCUAGCCUCAGGGGUUUCUCCAGAUCUACGUGCAGGAGUUGCUCUUCCGAUGCGAACGCCUUCUUCAGUUUUUCGAAGGAUUGCUGGGCCUCUUCUGUCCACACAAACUUCUUUUGCUACUGAGACAAUCCGUGAUGGGCGCUGUCAAGUGGGCAAAGUUCUUGAUGAACUUCCUGUAGAAGUUGCUGAACCCUAGGAACCUCUGUACGUCCUUCCGUGUUUUGGGAGCCUUCCACUCCAGCACUGCCUGCACCUUGCUUGGGUCCAUCGCUAAGCCUUUGUCAGACAACUUGUACCCCAGAAACUCGACUUCUCUGGCGUGAAACUGACAUUUUUCCAGCUUGACCCACAACUGGUGCUUCUGCAGUCGUUGUAACACUUCCCUGACGUCUCUAACAUGUUGUUCCUCAUUGUCCGAAUAAAUUAAGACGUCGUCCAAGAAGGCUACGCAGUUCUUGUACAGCAGAGACCCCAACACAUGGUGCAUGAAAGCUUGAAAACAGGCGGAGCCCGACUGUAAUCCAAAAGGCAUAACUAAGUACUCAAAGGCACCUAGGGGUGUGAACAUUGUGGUCUUCCAUUCGUCCCCCUCCCUCAUCCUGAUCAAAUUGUAUGCGCCCCUGAGGUCCAGCUUGGUAAAAAUUUUGCCUUUCCUCACUCGCGUUAAAAUGUCGUCAAUCCUGGGCAUUGGGAAGGUCACGGGUUCUGACACCAAAUUGACAGCUCUAUAGUCCACUACGAGCCUGGGUUUAUUUGUGUCCUUUUUGUCCACAAAGAACACCGGACUGCCCCCUACUGCCUUUGAUUCUCUUAUGAAGCCUCUUUUCAGGUUCUUGUCGAUAAAUUCUCGCAACUCCUUCAUCUCCCUGUCUGACAUGGCGUACAGCUUACCCACUGGCAGCUGAGCCCCCGGAAGCAAGUUGAUCUGGCAGUCAAAGGGCCUAUGGGGUGGCAGUCUAUCUGCCUCUUUUUCGCUGAAGACCUCCCGCAGAUCUGCGUAUUGUGGCGGCACCUCCCCUUUCCGCUCCACCGCCAUCCCAGCCACCCUGGCCACGGUCAUUCUUGGGGCUUCCCCUAGACAGUGUUCCAGGCAGUAAGCUGACCCAAAGGUGACUGUCCUCUGAUGCCACGCCACCACUGGAUCAUGUUGUGCUAGCCAGCUCAUCCCUAAUAUUAUUGGGGGUCCUGCUAGCGAGGCGACGUGAAAGGCGAUGGUCUCCGAGUGCCUGGACACCCUCAUUCUCAUUGGCGGGGUUUGGUGUGUCACUUCCCCUCCUAGAAGCUCCCUGCCAUCAAUGGUGGUCACUUGCAAGGGAAAAUCCAAAGGCAGUAAGUGGAGCUGGUGCUCUAAUGCAAAGUCCUUGCUGAAGAAAUUACAUGAGCUGCCUGAAUCCAGCAUGCCUUUCACCUUGACUGGGUGCCCGUUCGGGAGUUCUAGCACCACUUCGAUGGCUAUUGCCGCCUUGGGGGGGUCUGGUUGGGGCACUUUUACUGGUGGCUGGCUUGGCUGUUGUGCCCUUUGAUUGGCAGCCAAGUGUUCUCGUUUCCCUGUUCCUGUUCCUUUACCACCUCCUCCUCACCCCCUGCGGUUCCCACCAUUCCUUGCCAAGCCUUUCUUUGAGGGCAGGCUCUGGCAAAAUGGCCUGGCCGCUGGCAAAGGUAACACUUUGGUUUUCCAAUCCUUUCCCUCCUUUUUGCGCCCUUCGCUGGUGCUUGAAACUUCCCCCGCGCGCGCCCCAUCUAUUUCCAUUGGCUCUGCUGGCGGGGAGGGCUGCCUUGGUAUUUCAGGAAUGCGGUAGUCAUGGCAACGUUGCUCUCUCCCUUCCCGCCUCUCCUGGGCCCGCGCUUCCUGGCGCACGCCAAUCGCAAGCACAGCCUUGGUCAGCUGAUCCAUCCCCUGUGGGCGGGGUGCGCGGGAAAGUUCAUCCUUAACCGUUGGGGACAACCCCUCCUCGAAUAACAUCUGUAUGGGUUCGGAGCCCAGUUCCCACCCGAGGCGGUGAACUAUCAUGGCAAAGCGCGACCAGUAGUCCCUAACUGACUGGCUCCCCUGUUUACAGUUCAUCAAUUCCCGCUUUGUCACACUUUUUGAACAUCAGUGGAAAACAUCGCGUCCAUCGCUUGGAAGAAUUUCCUCAGGUCCUGCAUGGCGGAAUUCUGCGUCGCCAUAAGGGGUCUGACCCAUUCCCUGGCCCCGUCCUGCAGGUGACCCACAACAUAUGCCACCCGCGCCGCGUCGUCUUCAAAAUCGUUAUGCUGCAAGUCCAAUGCGUACUCUAUUUCCGUUCUAAACGCACUGUAUUCUUGCGGCUUCCCCCCAAACUUGUGCACCAGUCCCGGUACCUUCCUUGCUAUGGGGGUGGGUCUGACCUGUGCAUCUUGAGACCGCCUUUCGUCCAGCCGUGCCGUCAGAAUGGCCACAUGCUGCUCCAAAUCUCGGUUCCUCUCCUCCAGCGUUUGCCCUCCAGCUGCUCCCCCUUGGGUGCCUGCUUCUCCGGGCUUGCUCAUGAUGCUGCCUGCCUGCUGCUGCGCACGAGCAACUUUCAGGUACUGACGGAUUGCUGUGAUGAGUAUGAGUUACUCGUGCGUAAACUGGUGCCUCUCUAGGCUAAUUUGCCUUGUUAAACCUUUCUGACUGCACAGCCCUUUCUCAUCAUGACUGUCUCAGUCACUAGCAGAAUCCGUCAGUGGGCGUUUCUUGAAUCUCUUCCAACAUAAGAGUUGUUUGACACCCAAUCUCCUCCGCCUCUCACUGCGCGGGAGCCUUCUGCGCAGGGUGGGCGUGGGUAGCGGGGGACCUGUCCCCUCCUCACUGAGUUCCAGUGAAGAGUCCGUGAGCCCUCUCUCCGAUUUUCCCAUCUGCUCACUUUUGUUCCUGGUGUUGCGCUUAAAUGCUUCCCCCUCCACUGAGUCGCCUCUCCCCCUGCUGCUGGGUCCUUCUCCAGCAUCAUCCAGGAGCCUCCCCUUCGCCUCCCGCUCUGAUGUCAGUUCCCUGACAAUAACAAAGCGAGAAAUAACAAGAAAAAAGUGAACAAUAAAAUAGAAUAAAAAAGAAGACGAAACAAAAAAUAUAAAAAUGCAUUGAGUUAAAAUGGAACAAAAACAGAUUAAACCUUUACAUAACCUUUUCCCUUUACUUAUUUCCAUGACCUCCUCUCACCUCCCAAUUUUGUAUUCUAGUUCAGAUCGUAUUUCCAGCAAAUCCUUCUAACCUUAUUUUCAUUUACGUAUUUUAAUUUAAAAUAAUGUAGUUAAACAUCCUCUGUUUCAUCAAUUUCAUCAACUCAUUUUUGCUUAAUCCUUUAUAUCAUAUCUACCAAAACGACCUAAUUUUCUUUUUCCAACAUCUUUCUAACAGUCUUUUAUAUUACAAUAUUUUUGAAGGUAUAUUUUGAAUUUUUUCCAAUCUUCUUCCAUCGACCCUUCUCCCUGGUCUCGAAUUCUGCCAGUCAUCUCAGCCAGUUCCAUAUAGUCCAUCACUUUCAUCUGCCAUUCUUCUCGGGUGGGUAAUUCUUGUGUCUUCCAGUACUUUCCGAUGAGUAUUCUUGCUGCUGUUGUAGCAUACAUAAAAAAAGUUCUAUCCUCCCUUCGCACCAAUUGGCCGACCAUGCCCAGAAGAAAGGCCUCUGGUUUCUUCAGAAAGGUAUAUUUAAAUACCUUUUUCAAUUCAUUAUAUAUCAUUUCCCAGAAAGCCUUAAUCCUUGGGCAUGUCCACCAAAGGUGAAAAAAUGUGCCCUCAGUCUCUUUACAUUUCCAACAUUUACUAUCUGGCAAAUGAUAGAUUUUUGCUAGCUUGACUGGGGUUAAGUACCACCUGUAAAUCAUUUUCAUUAUAUUUUCUCUUAAGGCAUUACAAGCCGUAAAUUUCAUACCUGUGGUCCAUAACUGUUCCCAGUCAGCAAACAUAAUGUUAUGUCCAAAGUCUUGUGCCCAUUUAAUCAUAACAGAUUUAACCGUUUCAUCCUGUGUAUUCCAUUUCAACAGCAAGUUAUACAUUCUUGAUAGAUUCUUAGUUUUAGGAUCUAACAAUUCUGUUUCCAAUUUUGAUUUUUCCUCCUGGAAACCAAUCUUCUUAUCUAAAUUAUAAGCCUCCCUUAUUUGAUAAUAAUGAAGCCAGUCUCGAACUUUAGUUUUUAAUUUGUCAAAGCUCUGCAGCUUUAAUCUAUCUCCAUCUUGUUCUAAAAUUUCACAAUAUUUUGGCCAAUUUGUCUCCAUAUUGAUUUUUCUCAGAGCCUUAGCCUCCAUUGGUGACAGCCACCUUGGUGUUUUACUUUCCAACAAAUCCUUAUAUCUCACCCAGACAUUAAACAAUGCUUUCCUGACAAUAUGGUUCUUAAAGGCCUUAUGUGCUUUAACCUUGUCAUACCAUAAGUAUGCAUGCCAUCCAAAGACAUUGUUAAAACCUUCUAGAUCCAAAAUGUCCGUGUUUUCAAUAAGCAGCCAAUCUUUCAGCCAGCAAAAUGCGGCUGAUUCAUAAUAAAGUUUAAGAUCUGGCAGGGCAAAUCCACCUCUUUCUUUAGCAUCAGUUAAAAUCUUAAAUUUUAUUCUGGGCUUCUUGCCCUGCCAGACAAAUCUCGAAAUAUCUCUCUGCCAUUUCUUGAAACAGUCCAUCUUGUCCAAAAUCUGCAAUGUUUGAAACAAAACAACAUCUAGGCAAUACAUUCAUCUUUAUCACAGCAAUUCGGCCCAACAAUGAUAACUUCAAUUUUGACCAUAUUUCCAAAUCCUUUUUCACUUCCAUCCAGCAUUUUUCAUAAUUAUCUUUAAAUAAAUUCACAUUUUUAGCAGUCAUAUGAACCCCUAGAUAUUUCACUUUCUUAACCAAUAUUAAUCCUGUCUCCUUCUGAAACCUCUCUUUCUCAAUCUCUGUAAGAUUUUUCUCUAACACCUUGGUUUUCACCUUAUUCAACUUAAAUCCUGCUACUUGACCAAAUUCUUGAAUUAAUUACAAUACUCUUUUGGUACUGGAUUCUGGCUCCUGUAAUGUCAAAACCAAAUCAUCAGCAAAAGCUUUCAAUUUAUACUGUUUAGCUCCGAGUUGUAUACCUUUAACCAAUUGGUCUUUCCUGAUCAUGUUAAGCAAAACCUCCAGGACCGAUAUAAAAAGCAAUGGGGAGAUUGGGCAACCCUGUCUUGUUCCUUUCUCAAUCUUAAACUCUUCUGUAACUACGUUGUUUACAAUCAACUUAGUUUUUUGUUCUGAAUAAAUUGCACCUAUACCGUUUUCAAAACCUUGGCCUACCCCCAUUCCCUGUAAAUUUUUCUUCAUAAAACUCCAAGAAAUAUUAUCAAAGGCUUUCUCCGCAUCCACAAAUAUUAGGACUGCUUUAGUGUUAAUAUUAACUUGUAAUUUUUCUAAAAUGUUAAUUAUAUUCCUCGUAUUAUCUGACAAAUGCCUCCCCAGGAGAAAGCCCGCUUGGUCCUUAUGAAUUUCUUCCACCAAUACCUUUUUUAAUCUUUUAGCCAUAAUUUCCGCAAAAAUUUUGUAAUCCACAUUAAGUAGAGAUAUGGGACGGUAGUUCUUAAGCUGUGUCUUUUCCACUUCUGUUUUCGGUAUAAGUGUAAUAUAAGCUUCUUUCCACGACUCGGGUGCCUUCCCCCCCCAAUAUUUCAUUGCAAACUUCUUACAAAGGCUGUAUUAACCAUUCUUUCAAAGAUUUAUAGUACUUUGCAGUCAAACCAUCUGGCCCUGGAGAUUUGCCCAAUUUCAUAUUCUGAAUGACUCCUUCCACCUCUUGAUCAGUUAUUAUACAAUUUAGCAUUGAUUUGCUCUCUUGAGAGAUUUUUUGUAAUCCAUUUGUUCUCAAAAACCGAUCAAUGUCCAUUUCUUUCUGAGUCUCCUGCGUGUAUAACUGUUUAAAAUACUUCUGAAAACACUUUCUAAUCUCCGCAGGGUUCUGUAUGUUCUUUCCCUCUACUACCAAAUUCGUAAUAGUAUUAAGUUUUUGUCUUUUUUCAUUUGCCAUGCCAGCAGUUUCCCACACUUGUUCGCUGAUUCAAAUGUCUUUUGUCUCAUCUGUUUAAUCUUCCAUUCUAUUUCCUGAUUUGUCAGUUUCAUAUAUUGUACUUGAUAUAGCUUUAUCUCUUUUAAGAUCUCCUGUGAUUUCGGUUUCAUCCUCAGUCUCUUUUCUCCAUCCUUUAUUUUCUCCAAGAUUUUUUCCCUUUUCUCAUUUUGAACUCUUUUCCUAAUUGCAUUUUGUUGUAUCAGAAACCCUCUCAUAACUGCUUUACUUGCAUCCCAAAUCACUCUUUUUUCAGUCGUAGUAUUCAUGUUUAUCUCAAAAUAGUCUCUCAAGUUUUUCUGGGCCUUUUUAACAAUUUCCUCAUUCCUAAACAAGGAGUCGUUCAUCCUCCAUCUGAAAGAUCCAAUUGGCGUUAAUAUCAUUUCCAUCUUCACUGCAUUAUGAUCAGAGCAAAUUUUAGGGCAAAUUUCCACUUUUUUUAUCUUCGGGGCCAGUCCCCUAGUUAUCCAAAUUUGGUCUAUUCUUGUCCAUGUCAUUUUAGCUUCAGAGAAGAAGGUUCCUUCUCUUUCCAAGAGGUUCUUUGUUCUCCAAAUAUCUACAAGAUCCAUAUUGUCAGUCAUUUCGAAAAAUGUCUUUGGUAGUCUGCCAUCUUUCGUCACCGUUUGUCUUUGGGCUUUAUCCAUAUUCGUAGACACUACUCCAUUCAUAUCUCCCAUCAAAAUCAUAUUGUAAUCCAAAUAGUCCAGUAAAAUUUCAUGCAGUUUCUUAAAGAAUUCUGAUUUUUCCUCAUUUGGUGCAUAGAUACCUAAUGUCAAAAACUUCUGACCUUGUAGUUGUAUUUCAAUUGCGAUAAAUCUUCCUUGGUCAUCUUUAAAUAAAAAUUUCGGUGACAGGCUUUCCUUUGCAUAAAGUACUACUCCUCUUUUUUUAACGUUAUCUGAUGAAAUAAAUUCUUCUCCCAAUCUUUUAUUGGUCAAAAUUUUCCGAUGUAGCCUUGUCACGUGCGUUUCUUGUAAACAAAUCAAGUCCAAAUGUUCUUUUUUUAAUAUAUGAAAAAUUCUCCCCCUUUUUUCCCGAGAGUUCAGUCCAUUAACAUUCCAACUUAAUACUUGCAGUGUCAUGGUGUACUUCCUUCUCCCCCAACAGCCCCCAACAAUUUGUCUAUAUCUGUCGGUGGCGUUGAUUUCCCUUUCUUUUGUAGACUCUUGUCCUGUGCGGCAGGCUCUUUUCCAAGUCCUUUCUGUAGGUCUUCUUCGUAUGUGCUCAGAAACUUAUUUUUUUCCUCCACUGAUCUUAUUUUUGUCUUUCUUCCUUUGAAACUAAAAGAUAGGCCUUGAGGGAAUUCCCACCUGAAGAGGAUCUUACUUUUUCUCAACAGGGCCACCAAAUCUCAACAGGGCCCUGGUGGCAUUGCACUGUCGGAAUUGUGCAGGGAACUGGACAAUGCCUGGUGCAAAAGAUCUAUGGGGAUUGUUGCCUGCCCAUCACUGUUUGGGAAGACAAUCAACCCUGUCUGAAGUUGGCAGAAUCUGGGCAGUUUAAGGCCAGAACCAAGCAUCUAGACAUACAUUUCCAGAAUGCGUGUCAAAGUGUCAAUCCUAUUGAAAGCAAUCCUAUCGAAACAACACAGCAAUUAAGAGGAAGGAAAGAACAGAGCAUUGUGUAGCAGAUCAUAUUUCUGCUGUCUCAGAAGAGGACAUUUCCUUUUUUUUUAGGGUCCAGUGUGCUUUGAAGAUGUCACUGUUUGUUUCACGGACGAGGAGUGGGCGUUGCUGGAUCCUGACCAGAGAACUCUGCAUAAGCACGUCAUGGAGGAGAAUCGUGGGAUCGUGGCCUCUCUUGGUAAGGCUCCCUGUGGGAUCGUCCUAUCUGCAUGGAAAUUCAAAAAAUACCUCUAUGUAACAAACCUCAUACAUUUCCACAUAGCUCAACAGCGCCCAAUACAACACCUGGGAACCUAACACUCCCACAAUAAACCUUGAACAGCAAAUUCCAGUUUUUUCUGUGAACCAUCUUCCUCCAGUUCUGCCUUUUUAUACCACGGUUGGGUGUCUGAACUGCCCAGGCAUCUUAAAUGUCAACUUCAGUGUUGGUAUCUGAAGAAGUGUGCAUGCACACGAAAGCUCAUACUAAUAACAAACUCAGUUGGUCUCUAAGGUGCUAGUGGAAGGAAUUUUUUUUAUUUAGCUUCAGAGUUGUGCGGAAAGAUAAGUAGCUUCUGUCAAGUUUUCUGUUUUUGUUUUUGCUGCUGUCAGUCUUGGGUUGACCAGAGAGACGACUGACAUUGGAGAUGGAGGGGAUGCCAUGACUGGGCCAAACAAAAUCCAUCCCAGAGAAGAGCCAGGCUUAUUGAAUCUCAGGUAGUAGUAGCAGUGAUAGUAAUAAUAAUAAUAAUAAUAAUAAUAAUAAUAGUAAUAGUAAUUUUUAUUUUUACUUUGCCCAUCUGGCUGGGUUGCCCCAGCUGCUCUGGGGGGCUUCCAACACUUAUAUAAACCAGAAACAUUAAUCAUAACAAUCUGUUCCCAUAUAAAAAGUACAUUAACUUUAAAAUGAACAACUUACACUAGUGGCCAAAAUUGUGGAAACCUUUUGGAGAAAGUGUAUUUCAGAGCUCAUAACACCACUUUUUUGGGAGUAAUAGCAUAAAACUAUAUAUCAAUAGAAAGAUAAUUUAAUGAAGAAUGUAAUGAUUUUCUUCUGUCAUGCAGGCACAGUCUCUCAUUCUUCGAUCAUCACUUGCUGUUGUGCACCUUUUCCUGCCUUUACCAGUCUGAUUUUGGAGUGACUGAGUCCCUUAUACCUCUUCAAAAAUAUAGACCAGCUUUGGUUAAGUUUCCCCCAAUCUUUCUUCUAAUUUCUUCAUACCUGUAGCCUUGUUCACUUAAUAGUACAAUUUUACAUCUCUUUCUGGGUAACUACCAACCAAAUUGAUAGCAAUCACAUAAUACACUGACAAAAGUCAACCUAAGCAAGUUGUGCUUCCCUUUUCUGGUUAUAUGUCUAUAACUUUUGAUAGAAUACAGAUAAUUGAACAAACUUUGUUGCACUACAUUCUUGAUUAAAUUAUCUUUCCAUUGCUAUAUAAUAUGAUGGUAUUACAGUUAUACCUCGGGUUACAGUCGCUUAAGGUUGCGUGUUUUCGGGUUGCGCACUGAGCCGAACCUGAAAGUACCGGAAUGGGUUACUUCCAGGUUUCAGUGCUCGCACAUGCGCAGAACCACCAAAUUACGACCCACGCAUGCGCAGAUGCAAUGCUGCAGGUGGCGAACGCUGCGAGUUGUGAACAUGUCUCCCACACGGAUCAUGUUUGCAACCCGAGCAUCCACUGUACUCCAAAAGAAGUGGUGUUAUGAGCCAUCAAACAUCUGAAAUGCACUUUUUUCUAAAAGGCUUUCACAAUUUUGUUGUUGUUGUUUAGUCGUUUAGUCGUGUCCGAUUCUUUGUGACCCCAUGGACCAGAGCACGCCAGGCACCCCUGUCUUCCACUGCCUCCCGCAGCUUGGUCACAAUUUUACCACUACAGUAUAUCAAAGAAAGCAACAUUCAAGAACCCAUCAGAAUCUAAUAAGAAAUAUGUUGGUUAAUGACAAGCCACAAAGGUAAUGAACACACACCCAACUCCCUUCAGUUCUUCUUCAUUUGUUCCUGAGGCUCUAAUCCCUUUUUGUCUCCAUUGCAGAUUGUGAUGAAUUGGAAAUCGAGAACAAAGCUGAACACGACAAAAUCCCCAGAGUGGAGAAGCCAUGCAAAAAUUUGGAGUGUGGAGACAGCUGUACUCAGAGCUCCAAUCUCACUAAGCAUCAGAGAAUUCAUACAGGAGACAAACCCUAUCAGUGCAUGGAAUGUGGGAAGAGCUUCAGUUGGAGCUCCCAUCUCACAUACCAUCAGAGAAGUCAUACAGGGGAGAAACCCUAUAAGUGUGUGGAAUGUGGAAAGAGCUUCAGUCAGAGCUCCUCUCUCACUUCCCAUCAAAGAAUUCAUACAGGGGAGAAACCCUAUCAGUGCAUGGAAUGUGGAAAGAGCUUCAAUAAGAACUCCAAUCUCACUUCUCAUCAGAGAAUUCAUACAGGGGAGAAACCCUAUCAGUGUGGGGAAUGUGGAAAGAAAUUCAUUACAAGCUCCAGUCUCACUUCCCAUCAGAUAAUUCAUACAGGAGAGAAACCCUAUCAGUGUGGGGAAUGUGAAAAGAGCUUCAGUCACAGCUCUGCUGUCACUAAGCAUCGGAAACUUCAUACAGGGGAGAAACCCUAUCAGUGCAUGGAAUGUGGGAAGAGCUUCAGUAGCAGCUCCAAUCUCACUUCCCAUCAUAGAAUUCAUACAGGGGAGAAACCCUAUCAUUGUCUGGAAUGUGGAGAGAGCUUCAAUACAAGCUCCCUUCUCACUUCCCAUCAGAUAAUUCAUACAGGAGAGAAACCCUAUCAGUGUGGGGAAUGUGAAAAGAGCUUCAGUCACAGCUCUGCUGUCACUAAGCAUCAGAAACUUCAUACAGGGGAGAAACCCUAUCAGUGCAUGGAAUGUGGAAGGAGCUUCACUGAUAGCUCUUCUCUCACUUCCCAUCAGAGAAUUCAUACAGGUGAGAAACCCUAUCAGUGUGGGGAAUGUGGAAAGAGUUUCCGUCACAGUUCUGAUGUCACUAAACAUCAGAGAAGUCAUACAGGGGAGAAACCCUAUCAGUGUGGGGAAUGUGGAAAGAGCUUCAGGACGAGCUCCCAUCUCACUAAGCAUCAGAGAAAUCAUACAGGGGAGAAACCCUAUCAGUGUGGGGAAUGUGGAAAGAAAUUCAUUACAAGCUCCAGUCUCACUUCCCAUCAGAUAAUUCAUACAGGAGAGAAACCCUAUCAGUGUGGGGAAUGUGAAAAGAGCUUCAGUCACAGCUCUGCUGUCACUAAGCAUCAGAAACUUCAUACAGGGGAGAAACCCUAUCAGUGUGGGGAAUGUGGGAAGAGCUUCAGUCAGAGCUCCAAUCUCACUUCUCAUCAGAGAAUUCAUACAGGGGAGAAACCCUAUCAGUGUGGGGAAUGUGGAAAGAGCUUCAGGGAGAGCCCUGGUCUCACUAAGCAUCAGAGAAUUCAUACAGGGAGAAACCCUAUCAGUGCAUGGAAUGUGGAAAGAGCUUCAGUCAGAGCUCCAAUCUCAAUUCCCAUCAGAGAAUUCAUACAGGGAGAAACCCUAUCAGUGUGGGGAAUGUGGAAAGAGCUUCAGUCACAGCUCUGCUGUCACUAAGCAUCAGAAACUUCAUACAGGGGAGAAACCCUAUCAUUCUCUGGAAUGUGGAGAGAGCUUCAAUACAAGCUCCCUUCUCACUUCCCAUCAGAAAAUUCAAGAGAAAUUCUUUUGCUAAUUUUGGAAUUAGUGCAACAUCAAUGAAAUUGGAGGGAAUAUGCUGGAAAGGAACUAAAUUGGCUUUAGUAGAAAUGAUUUCAAGGAGAUAUGUAUGAAUAUGAUGUAAAGUUUGAAAUUUUAAGAUUUUUAAGAUAAGAUAAGGUUAAAGAGAUUAAGGUAAAUUGAAUAACAGAUUAUAUUAAAAGAUGGAAAGGUUAUCUUGAUUAAUAAAUAAGAGAGAUUGUGAAGAUUAAUCAUUUAAAUUAAAAUUGAGAAACAUGGGAAGAAUUUGCUGAAAUAACGAAUUAAACUAGAAUACAAAAAGGGAGGUGUGAGGAGGUUCAAGAAUUAAGCAAAUGAAAAGUUGCAAUCUGAGAUUUGUAUUUUUCUUCUUUCUUUUUUGGGCUUUUUUCCUUUUCUUUUAUUCCUUGCUGUAUAUUUUUUUCUGUGUGUCUUGUGUUUUUUUGUGUGUCUAUGUAUUGAUGAAAUUUUGAAUAAAUAUCAUUUU